AUGAAUCUUCAAAGAAAUUCUUACUCGCCUGUCAAAAAGCUAUUAAAGAACCAGUCAACGCUAUAUCAGCAGCUAAUUGCUGAAGGUAUAAUAUCGAUAAAUGAUCAUCCAUUGGGACCGGAUUACUGUUUGCUUUUGCUAACAAAAUUAUUUGUAGAACAAGGUGAUGUACUAAUCGGAAGCGUGUCGCAAGCCGCCUUUGGUAUAGCAUCAAUAAUUGUUUCAUUAUGGAAAGUCCUACCCGAAUUUGGAGCGCUUUUUUUAGCCACUCUGUAUAAGGAAUCCCCAUACUUAGUACCAUAUUAUGUAACUAAACAAACACAACAAUCUACUGAAGACUACCUUAAAACACUCGGCUACAAGUUCAAAAAAGGCAUGCUUGAAAAUCAAGAACAAUUUCUGAAAAGACAAACUGGUUAUGCUCGACUAUUUUCAGCAAUUAUGAUAACCAGUGGUAGAAAAAUUGAUGAACAGCCUCAUCCAUUCGGUAAAGAACACUGUUGGAGUUGGUUAACUAAUUUCAUAAACAUGGAACCGUUCCCAAAUGUUUCUACAACAAUACUUUACGAAGUUCUGAAAACAGUUUCAGCGAAUCUUUAUGAAACUUAUGGUAAACAGUUUUUAAAACUGAUUAUAUUCAUAAGACACACAUAUAUACCAAAAGUAAAAGAAAUUAAUAGUGAUGGACUAACUGUGCGUCUGGAAGUUUUACUGGACGAAUAUUUAAAAACUAAAUCAUUUAAAAUGCCAUUAGGAUUUUUAUCAAAAGAUUUUUGGUAA